GAAGAGACAGUUGAAGUUCAGAAAUAAUAACAUGGCCGAUAUUUCUAUACCAAGUGAACUCCAAAAAAAUUUGGUACACACGAACCGUAAGAAUAUGCUGGUCCGAUCGGAGUGAGCCAUGGGAGCCCCGUUUCAAUUGAGUUCAUCUCUUCAUACUGCUCCAAUCAACCUCAAAUCUCCCAUUUUUCCAUCCUCCCCAUCCAAUUUCAUUUUCUAUUACUGCAAACGAUCUCCUGUGAUUGCUUCCUCAACUCAUCGUUGCGCUGUUUAUGCUCAAAACUCCAGUUCCCCGCUGCCCAAGAAUUCGAAAUCGGUCGUUCUUGGACAUUGCCAAGGGAAUGAGCUUGUUCGGGUCUCUUCUAAUACGAUUCGACCGCGUAACAGGAGUGUGAUUCUCUCUCUGGUGUCUUUAUUUGAUAAGCGUUCUCUUUGGCGAAGGAUCUUUUUUGCCUCGAAGAAAGUUAGGAGUAUCAUUUUGCUCAACGUCGUCACAAUUGUUUAUGCUAGCAGUAUUCCAGUUGUGAAAGAGGUUGAAGAAUUAGUGGAUCCUGCAACCUUCAAUGUUGUACGGUUUGUCAUGACUGCUAUUCCAUUUGUUCCACUUGUAUUGGAUAAAUGGGAUGAUGUUGAGAUCCGUGAUGCUGGAAUCGAGUUAGGUUUCUGGGUUAGUUUAGGGUACUUGAUGCAGGCAUUUGGACUGAUAACAUCUGAUGCUGGGCGAGCAUCUUUCAUAUCAAUGCUCACGGUACUGGUAGUUCCUUUACUUGAUGGACUUUUAGGGGCCAUUGUUCCUGCUCGUACCUGGUUCGGAGCUCUCAUGUCAGUCGUUGGAGUCGCGAUGCUUGAAUCCAGUGGAUCCCCUCCUUGUGUGGGAGAUCUUUUGAACUUCAUGAGUGCAAUAUUUUUCGGUGUUCAUAUGCUAAGAACAGAGCAUAUUUCAAGACGUAUAGAUAAGGAUAAAUUCUUGCCACUCCUUGCAUACGAGGUUUGCGUUGUUUCUAUUCUGUCCAUGCUGUGGUAUUUUAUUUGGAGAUGGAUUAAUGGAACGGAAACAAUUAGUGAGUCAUGGAAUUGGAAAACAUAUUUAGAUUGGGUGUUCAUGUUUCCUUGGGUACCUGCUCUGUACACAGGCUUAUUGUCCACUGGCUUUUGCCUGUGGCUAGAGAUGGCUGCCAUGUGCGACGUAUCUGCCACCGAAACUGCCAUUAUUUACAGCUUGGAGCCAGUUUGGGGUGGUAGUUUUGCCUGGAUCCUUCUUGGUGAAAGGUGGGGAUUGUCCGGCUGGAUUGGUGCUGCCCUGGUGCUAGGUGGAAGCCUAACAGUGCAGAUAUUUGCAUCAUCUACAACAAAAUCUUGCAAAGAUGAGAGAAGCAAAACCAAGGAAGUCCAUGACCUAUUGGGCUUGUCUGAUGAUCGCAGUUUGACGACAUCCCCAAUUGUUAUAACAAGAGUCGACAACAUUGCAGAUCAUUUGAAGUAAGGCAUGUCAUUUACGGUAAAUUUAUAAGUUUAGGGUCUGAAUAUGAGGUAUUUCUAGGAUGCCUCCCAACUUUUAACAUACCUAACAAGUUUUUAAACUUUCAAUGUUGUGUCAUUUCGAACUCUAAACUUUAAAAGGUGUCUAAUAGGUCUAUGAACUUUCAAUACUUUGUUGAAUAGAUCUUGUAAUCUAUUAGACACCCUUUAAAGUCCAGUGUCUUAUUAAACACAAAAUUAGAAGCUUAAAAAUUCAGUGGACACAAAAUUGAAAGGUUAGAACUUGGAGAUCUAUUAUAGUGUUUUUUAAAGUUGGGGCCUGGGGGAUCUAUUAGACAGAAUCUUGAAGAUUCAAGGAUCAAACUUCUAUUUCUGUAGUAUAUUUACACCAGUCAAAAUAGGUAUAACCAAUAGUUAGAGCUAUACGUAUGAAUAUGUACAUGUAUAUAUCAUAGAAGCGAAGUUAACUAACAAGUUUUACAGUAGCGUUCUCCAAGUUCUUGAUGGCUUGCAUCGUGUAAUUUUAACUGCUGGUUGGGUAGGCUUCAGCCAUUAUGUAUAUUUAAAAUAUAUCUAUUCAAAUAAAUUGGAGCCCUUUACUCAAAAUAA